AUGUAUAUACUUCGCCAGUUGACCAACCUCGGGGCUCCUACAGAUAUGGUUUUCCCUCAUGUGAUUGGCCCGCUGACCCUCAGCCUAAAGGCCACCUUCGCCAUCACCGCCUCCUUUGCUCUCCUUCCCCCUCCCGAAGCUCAGCAUUGUUACCCGCAACCCCAUCUCAAUUCGCAAACACAACCUACCUUCACCUCUGUCGCCUGGCUCGACUACCCUUCUUCCCUCGGAGGAGCUUCAUUGCGGAACAUUGAACAACACAGUCAACAUCUUCAGCAGAUCUUAAUGGCCGCUCCACAAGGGGGUUACCCUCCCCAGGAAGGGUAUGCCCAGCCGGGCUAUGGCUCUCCAGAUCCCGCACUUCAACAGUCGUCGGCGGUUCCACCACAGGGUGCACCACCGCCUACCGGUGCUGGUGGUAAAAAAAAGCGAGCUUAUGCUGGUGAAGCUUUUGGAUUUGGUUCCGGAGCCAAUGCGGCUCUCGGAGGCCAGCCUACAGCUGGGGGAGCUUACGGUGCCUACCCCCCACAGCCACCCGUUGCAGGAUAUCAACAGCCAACCUAUGGCGCUGAACCUGUUCCCAUGCAGCCAGCGGCGCAGGGAUACGCUGCUCCUUCAGAUCCCAAUGUGGCGCAGAUGACACAGCAGUUCGGCGGAAUGGGCAUGAGCGAGCCACACCACAUGCCUCCAGCGCCGGCGGAGCCCGCGGUAUACUCCCAACGCCAUGUUCCGCUCAACCAGCUCUAUCCGACGGACCUCAUCUCCCAGCCCUUUAAUGUCGCCGAGCUGGACUAUCCUCCUCCUCCUAUUGUCUUGCCCCCACAGACCAGUGUCUUCGACUCUCCCCACGCCAAUUGUCCGCCCAAGUAUAUGCGAUCGACUUUGAACGCAGUCCCCACGAAUAAUUCCCUCCUCAAGAAAUCGAAGUUGCCCUUUGCUUUGGUUAUUCAGCCCUAUGGCUCGCUACACGAUGCCGAAGACACCGUCCCCGUCAUCCCGGAUCAGGUUAUCUCACGGUGCAGACGCUGCCGCUCCUAUAUCAAUCCCUUUGUGACUUUCCUUGACCAUGGACACCGCUGGCGCUGCAACAUGUGUAAUUUGACAAAUGACGUCCCCCAAGCAUUUGACUGGGAUGCGACACAACAGAAGCCCGCAGACCGUUCGCUUCGCGCCGACCUCAACUACAGUAUGGUGGAGUUCGUCGCUCCGCAAGAGUACAUGGUCCGCCCGCCACAGCCGUUGGUGUAUCUGUUCUUGAUUGAUGUGAGCUACGCUUCUGUCACCAGUGGUCUUCUGGCUACCAGUGCUCGGUGCAUUCUGGAGAGUCUCGACCGCAUUCCCAACGCAGACCGUCGCACACGUCUCGGUUUCAUUGCCGUCGACUCGAGCCUACACUACUUUAGCAUUCCGCGCGACGGAUCUCCCAGCUCCGAUCCUCGCAUGCUCGUGAUCAGUGACCUCGAAGAGCCGUUCUUGCCCAUUCCCGGCGAUCUGUUGGUGACGCUAAGCGAGUGCCGCGAGAACAUUGAGACAUUCUUGAACAAGCUCCAGGAGAUGUUCCAGAACACUCAGAGUAACAGCUGUGCCAUGGGUUCGGCUCUGCGCGCCGGUUACAAGCUUAUCUCUCCCGUUGGAGGCAAGAUGACUGUCUUGAGCGCAUCCUUGCCCAAUAUCGGCCAUGGAGCCCUCUCCAUGCGUGAGGACAAAAAGGUCCUCGGCACGAGCAAGGAGUCGGCCCUCUUGCAGACGGCCAACGCAUUCUACAAGAGCUUCGCGGUGGAGUGCUCUAAGGCUCAAGUAUCUGUUGAUAUGUUCUUGUUCUCGUCCCAAUACCAAGACGUUGCGUCUUUGAGCUGCUUGCCCCGCUACACCGGUGGUCAGACUUACUUCUACCCUGGCUGGAACGCGGCUCGACCCGAAGAUGCUAUGAAGUUCGCUCGCGAGUUCUCCGAGUACCUUUCGUCUGAGAUUGGUCUCGAGGCUGUGCUCCGUGUCCGGGCUACCACUGGCCUUCGCAUGAGCACUUUCUACGGCAACUUCUUCAACCGCAGUUCCGACCUUUGCGCGUUCCCUGCAUUCCCCCGUGACCAGGCAUACGUCGUGGAAGUCGCCAUUGACGAGACCGUCGCCAAGCCCGUCGUGUGUCUCCAAGCUGCUGUCCUUCAUACUACUUGCAAUGGCGAGCGUCGCAUCCGAGUCAUCACUGUGGCUUUGCCAACUACCACCAACUUGGCCGACAUCUAUGCUUCCGCUGACCAGCAAGCUAUUGCCACCUUCUUCAGCCACAAGGCUGUCGAGCGUGCGCUGAGCAGUGGUCUGGAGCCGGCUCGUGAAGCCCUGCAGACCAAGAUUAUUGAGCUGCUUUCCACCUACCGCAAGGAACUUGCUGGUGGCAGCGUCAGUGGCAGCGGCCUGCAGUUCCCUGCUAACUUGCGUGGAUUGCCCGUUCUCUUCCUUGCUCUGAUCAAGAAUUGUCUUCGCUCUGUCUCUUCCGAUGACGUGUUUCUAAUAUGGGAUUCUGCACAGCUCGGUCUCCGCAAGUCUGCUCAAAUCCCCACGGAUAUGCGAUCCGCUGCUCUUUGCCUGCUGUCCACUCUUCCCCUGCCUCUUCUCAUUCAAUACAUCUAUCCCCGGAUGUACUCCCUUCACGAUAUGCCCGACAAUGCCGGUAUCCCCGAUGAGCAGACGGGCGAAAUCGUCCUCCCGCCUACCGUGAACCUGUCCUCGGGCCGCAUUGCCUCGUACGGCUUGUACCUGAUCGACGACGGCCAAACCCAGUUCCUGUGGGUCGGUCGGGAUGCCGUGCCCCAGCUGAUCGAGGACGUGUUUGGCGUACCCGACCGAACCCAGCUGCGUGUGGGCAAGACGACCUUGCCCGUGGUGGAGAACGAGUUCAACCAGCGCGUGCGUGCGGUGAUUGAGAAGAGUCGGGACCACCGCUCCAAGGGUGUCGGCAGUAUGAUUGUGCCUCACCUGUACGUGGUGCGCGAGGAUGGCGAGCCUGGUCUGCGUCUGUGGGCGCAGACGAUGCUGGUGGAGGACCGGGCUGACCAGAGUGUGAGCCUGGACCAAUGGAUGACAACAUUGCGGGAGAAGGUCAUUCAAUAA